UCGCAGUUGGAGGAAGUGGGGCUUUUACAAUUAACUAGGGCUUGUUUCUGAGAAUACACAACACAGCCAACGAAAUGGAGUAAAGUCUACUGUUUUUACUGGGACUCAAAAGGGAUAACAAGAGGAAAUCGGUGCCUCUUCGAGGACCGUAAACAAACAGGAUAUCAAACGUUCUCCCGCGUCGUCAGUCUGUCGAAUGCACAGAUCCCGGCUGCGGCUCGUGCUGAUUGAGGAGCAGAAACGUUGGAUGGUCACAACUUUACCGAGGAAGUCACUGACAGGCAGCAAAUAUUACCAAGUUAUAUGCACUUAGGUUGUUCGUUUAGCGUUCAUUGCCUGUUGGUCAGCUAGUUAGCAAGCUGUUGGUCGCCAAAAAAACACUCAACUUCUACUUGAAGACUCAGUCGCGAGGAACCGUGGACGGUUACCAAGCUAACUUAACUAGCCAAUUUCCUCCAACGCCCCCUCCCCCAUCAUCACAGCUAGCUAGCCACUGGUGUCUCCAUGCCAGACAGACCACAACACUGGGGUGAAAUAAAUUAUUAUGGCUAAUUGUGUGCGGUUUCGUUGGUCUCUUUGGAAAUAACAUGGAUUUGGCUGAAGAUCAGGAUUCGUUAGCUAACUGAGCUGGCGAGCUAGCUAGCGAACUGGAUGAGUGGGUUUCGUGUCGGUGCUAUAAAGCGGUUGUGUUAGCUAGCACUAGUUUGUUACAUAUGCUACUGUAGCUACUUAGAUCAACUAGCUCAAAUUCAGCUACCUACUGGCUAACUCGCUACCAAGUAGCAACGGUUUUCACAGCAGCUAGGAAUAACACUUCUCCCUGGCUGAAUUUACAGUUUAAAUAUUGCAUCUAACGUCGUUAAUGCCAACAACUGAUUGCUUGUUCUCGUUAGCUAAAUUCGAUAGUUGUCGCCAACGUUUAGUUAGCUAAAGUAGAUUUUAGUUGGGAAUCUAGCAAAUUGUUUCAGCAUUGUUUUUGCGUGCUGGAAUAUUCUGCUAGCAACCUGCAUCUAUGUGGUUUGAUUGAUGUCCUCUUUCUGAAAAAGUAGAUUGUAGCCAGACUGGAAGCCAACAACGGACGAUAUGAAAACAGCGCUGUGUAGGAUUAUAUGCCAAUAAGACAAUUGUUUUUCAUUUAGGUGAAUACGUCUGAACCUAACUACUUUAUUCGCUAGUAUCUAGACUAUUCAUUCGUCAGAUUUUUUUUGUGUUACAGGCGAGCUGGCUUGCUCUUGUUAUUUUAGCUUUCUACCCCGUCAUCGUUAUUACACGAGGAUGUCUUUAUCGGAUGCCAAUUCGAUAGAAUUGAUACAACCCAUCUUUGUCGACGUAUAAAGUCAUGUUUUAUUUUGAAGCAGAUGCGACAAGACGCAAUUAGGAAGCUUGAAACAUACGUCUUACUGGACUACCACGUACCGCAAUAUUACAAUUUUAGCUUUCCAAUAAGAUAAAACAAACUAUAUAACUAGGAUCAGUUGGGUUUGACAGUUAUUAGCUAGCUGCCUUGCUAGUUCGCCACAUCUAGCAGGUGGGCCAUCUAAAUAAGUGAAGCUCUCUGAAAGGUGGUAAACGAAAUCUCAUCAAUCUUGUCUGGCCACAUCUGCCAUUGAAACCACUACCAUUUUUUUGCACACACAAAAAUACCCAGAUGAUAGAUAUUUUUUUUUUCUGUCACAAUGGUUGUGUUUUGAGGGACCGUGUGUGCCGAACCUAGAGGAAGAAAACGACACGCUCCAGUCGAUGGUCGCCUCUGUCAUCCGCAUAGCUGCCUCGGUCGCCCAGGUUGGAUUUAAAUUCUAACCAUUUUCAGUGGACAUUUGCUUGAUUAAAAAAAAAAAAACAUUCCCACGGCUGGUGUUGUAUCGACUCCGUCGAACCAGGGUUGAAGAUGGCGGACCUCGAAGCAGUUCUCGCGGAUGUCAGCUAUUUGAUGGCGAUGGAGAAGAGCAAAUCUACUCCAGCGGCCCGAGCGAGCAAGAAAAUCAUACUGCCUGAAUCCAGUAUUCGCAGUGUGAUGCAGAAGUACCUGGAGGAAAGAUAUGAGCUGACGUUCGACAAAAUAUUCAACCAGAAGAUCGGGUUUCUGCUGUUCAAGGAUUUUUGUUUGAAUGAAAUAGAUGAGGCCGUACCACAGCUCAAGUUCUACGAAGAAAUUAAGGACUAUGAGAAGUUGGAUUCUGAAGAGGAGAGGUUGUGUCGUAGCAGACAGAUCUAUGACGGAUACAUCAUGAAGGAACUCCUCUCCUGCUCACAUCCCUUCUCUAAGAAAGCAGUGGACCACGUUCAGACUCACCUGGCCAAGAAACAGGUGCCUCCCUCUCUCUUCCAGCCGUACAUUGUGGAGAUCUGUGACAGCCUGCGAGGGAUGAUCUUCCGGAAGUUCAUAGAGAGUGACAAGUUCACUCGUUUCUGCCAGUGGAAGAAUGUGGAGCUGAACAUCCAUUUGACGAUGAAUGACUUCAGUGUCCAUCGUAUCAUUGGUCGGGGGGGUUUCGGGGAGGUGUACGGCUGCAGGAAGGCUGACACUGGCAAGAUGUAUGCCAUGAAGUGUUUGGAUAAGAAGAGGAUCAAGAUGAAGCAGGGAGAGACUCUGGCUCUGAACGAGAGAAUUAUGCUGUCACUUGUCAGCACAGGGGACUGUCCGUUCAUAGUGUGUAUGACGUAUGCCUUCCACACACCAGACAAACUCUGCUUCAUUCUGGAUCUGAUGAACGGAGGGGACCUGCACUACCACCUGUCUCAGCAUGGUGUGUUCAGUGAGAAGGAGAUGCGUUUCUAUGCAGCAGAGAUCAUCCUGGGACUAGAACACAUGCACAACCGCUUCGUAGUCUACAGAGACCUCAAGCCUGCUAACAUCCUAUUGGAUGAGCAUGGUCAUGUGCGUAUCUCAGACCUGGGUCUGGCCUGUGACUUCUCCAAGAAGAAACCUCACGCCAGCGUUGGUACCCAUGGGUACAUGGCCCCAGAGGUGCUUCAGAAGGGGACGGCGUACGACAGCAGUGCUGACUGGUUCUCACUGGGCUGCAUGCUCUUCAAACUGCUCCGAGGGCACAGUCCCUUCAGACAGCACAAGACCAAAGACAAACAUGAGAUUGACCGCAUGACGCUCACUAUGAAUGUGGAGUUGCCCGACUCGUUCUCUGUGGAGUUGAAGGGUCUAUUGGAGGGUCUGCUCCAGAGAGACGUGGUGAAAAGACUGGGCUGCCUGGGACGAGGGGCCCCAGAGGUGAAGGAGCAUCUGUUCUUCAAAGGCAUUGACUGGCAGCAAGUGUAUCUCCAGAAGUAUUCUCCCCCUCUCAUCCCUCCUAGAGGAGAGGUAAAUGCAGCAGAUGCUUUUGACAUCGGUUCCUUUGACGAGGAGGACACCAAGGGCAUCAAGUUGUUGGACAGUGACCAGGAGCUGUAUAAGAACUUCCCCCUGGUAAUCUCAGAGCGCUGGCAGCAGGAGGUGGCUGAGACGGUGUACGAGGCGGUCAACUCUGACACGGACAAGAACGAGGCCCGCAAGAGGGCCAAGAACAAACAGCUGGGCCACGAGGAGGACUAUGCCCUGGGGAAGGACUGUAUAAUGCAUGGCUACAUGUUGAAGCUGGGCAACCCCUUCCUGACGCAGUGGCAGCGCAGAUACUUCUACCUGUUCCCCAACCGAGUGGAGUGGAGGGGAGAGGGAGAGUCACGGCAAAACCUGCUGACGAUGGAGCAGAUUGUGACGGUGGAGGAGACACAGAUAAAAGAUAAGAAGUGCAUCCUGCUGCGCAUCAAAGGAGGGAAGCAGUUUGUCUUGCAGUGUGAGAGUGACCCAGAGUUUGUCCAGUGGAAGAAGGAGCUGACCGAGGCGUUUACUGAGGCCCAGAAGCUGCUGUGUCGCGCCCCUAAGGUCAUUGGGAAGGGUCGGGCUGGGGUGGUGGAGCUCUCCAAACCUCCUCUCACACACCGCAACAGCAACGGCCUGUAGGCAACACACACACAACACACACCUGCACACACACACCGCAUCCUAUAACCUCAUCCCCUAUGACCACGCCCCCCACAGCCCUAGACACACAAACCACACACACACACACAUACAGUAACACCCCACACUCUCACCCUGGAGUGUGUAUGGACCAAGCCUGCCAGCCUCUCUCCUCUGAAAGCCAAACCGUGCAUUGAUGAAGGGAAAGAAGAGAAACACUGCAUGUACUUAAAGAGGACCAGAGCGUUUUCUCCCUCUCCCACUGUACCCUGGGGGUAGACCCUUCUCUGAUGCCACACCACAAAACCCUUUGCCUCUCGCCCCAAUGGACUAGCAUUCCACACAGCCAACCUCACACACACCCACUCAACCUGGCAGAGCAGCAAAAACCAGACCUGGAGUAGGAGAGUGAAGACUAGGGCACCUGCCUGCACCUCUCCUCCUUUACUCUACAUCCCUCCCUCAUCCCCCAGCCUCGUCUUGAGACUGGUCCCGAGCCACACACACCUCUGCCGGCCACUCUUCACAGGAUUGUCUGACUGUAGUGGAGGGGCGGGGCGGGACCUAAAGCAGAAGGUGAAGAUCUGGACAAAUGGCAUCGUUUAGAGGGAGGGGGCUGGACCAAUGACAUUCCUCUCCUGUGUGCUCAUACAGAGGGGAGGAGAGAAAAGCAGAAGCGUAGUGGAAGGAGAACAGGAGCAGAGACCUGCUGGGACAUACCAAGAGAAUGGCAAUGAACUGUGUGUGUGCGUGUGUGUACGCUAUUGUCCCUGUGUGUUUCUGUGUGUGUCCAGAGAUAGGUUGCAUUCCUUUUAGAGAGAAUGUCAAAAGAGAGGGAGAAAGCUGCUUUGAAUUUGGAAGAGACCUUUACCCUUUCUUCUUGUCCUCCCUCCAUCACUGAAGUGCAUAAAGUGCCAUCGUCAAUAUUUACUUGAGUCACCUGAGGACCAGUUUGAAAGCAGGCAUCGCCCCCGGAUACAGAACCCACUGGCACGGAACUCUUGUCACCAUGGACAAACUUCUCCGAUUGGCUUCUGUAUAGCUGCUGGUAACCAUGGAGACUGGAGAACAUUUGUACUUGUAACUAUAGGAACAGGGGAUGGUGUGUAUGAAGGACACACCGUCAAACCGAGAGAAAAAGAGAGAGAGGUGGGGGGGGGUGUACUGACUGACUGACUAGCGGUCUUUAUGGGCCAUAGUAAGUGUAUAUAGCCCAAGUUUUUCUCUGUGCAUCUCCUGUAUACUACAGUACUACUCUACAACAUGUUUGCAUUAAUGGACACUUGUCUGUCUGCCUGUCUGUGAAUCUGUCCUCUUCUCUAUGGGCAUGUGGGGGGAGGGAAGGGAGGGGAGGGAAGGGAGGGUCUGACAGCUUUCAAUCAACUGGCAGUGUGCAUACCUCAGUGGGACUGUGUGUGCGCGUAUGUGAAGCUGAGGGCCAAAUACUGUGAUGGUGUCAGGGCAGUCCUAAUUUGUGUGUAUGCCAUAGUCUUGCAGCCAUCCAGAUGUAGAUGACACACACAAGCAGAUUUACACACACAGACACACAGAAAUGGCCGUAUAAGGAUGUCAGUGCAGAGAGAGAGGUGGUAGGUGACGAGGUGUGUUAGGUUGUGGUCGUUGUUGACUCCACAAACCAUCAGUUGGUUCACUUCAAGCUGGUUUGAACUUUCCUAUAAAAAAAUUCUGAAUGUGACCCAGAAUGCAGCCCCAUAUUUCUAGGCUUUAUGUUUCACAGUUUUAGGAGAAGCAGUUGUGCUGCAGGCUACAGUCAUGACAUGUCUGUUUAACUGAAUGACAUGAAAGCACAGCAGGGUUUUGUUUUUUCAUGCAGUACAAUGG